AUGUCAGAUUCCCGCACUAUAGGUCAACUAAAGGGCUCCGAAGUACCAAGGCACGUAGUUUUUAAACUUUACCUACACACCUUGUUUAUGGUAAUCCUACCAAUAGCCACAUACUUUCUCUCGGCACACUAUUAUUUUCAAGGCGAAAAUAAUACAACAAAAGCUGCUAUUGCUGCUGUCUUAGUUGCAAAUCUUGUUGUUGUAUCUUUUAUUGUGACUGCUUUCAGGGAGGAUAUGAAAGAGCCAUUGCGUCAAAAGAAAGAAUGA